CAUCCAUUCAGCAGCAGUUAGCAUCUCUUAGCCUUAAAGAAGCUCCUAUCAUUGGUGCUUUUAAUCCUAAGAAGGGUGACAUUGUCCUUGCACAGUUUAGUGAAGAUAAUUCCUGGAAUCGGGCUAUGAUUGUAAAUGCACCUCGAGGAGUUGUCGAAUCACCAAAGGACAAAUUUGAAGUGUUCUACAUUGAUUAUGGAAAUCAAGAGGUGGUUACUUACAGUCAGCUGCGACCAAUUGAUCCUUCAAUGGCCUCUGCCCCUGGACUUGCUCAGUUGUGCAGCCUUGCGUACAUGAAGGUUCCAAGCUUGGAGGAGGAUUAUGGGCAAGAAGCAGCUGAGCGACUCAGUGACCACACACUACGUGGAAAAAAUGAACUCAAGGCCAUAAUUGAGGACAAGGAUACCUCUGGAGGGAAAGUGAAAGGGCAGGGUACCGGGACUAUCCUCAUGGUCACUUUGAUUGAUACACACACUAAUUCCAAUAUUAAUGCUGCCCUGCUGAAGGAAGGGCUAGCUAGGCUGGAAAAAAGGAAAAAGUGGGAGCGCCCGGAGAAACAAACAGUACUCGAUGAGUUGGAAACAUACCAGACGGAAGCACGGAAAGAUAGGCUGGGGAUGUGGGAAUACGGAGACAUCCAGUCAGACGAGGAGGAUAAUGCUCCACCUCUGAGAAAGGCUCUUGGAAAGAAAUAAGCAAAAACCUUGGUAAGUUAUCUUUGAGGAUGAAAAAAGACCAAUCUGGCAGCCUUAGAAGAGUUGAGCUAUAGGCGUUUUGUUACAUGCUUCUGGAGAAACAAACCCUAGGAUCAAACAUUGCGGCUUGAAGUUGCUUUAAGUUAAUUUUGUUUGUUAUAGUUUGUACUUUUUUCCUGUGAAAUUGAGAGAAUUUUCAUCGGAAGUUGGGGGGAUAUUUUAUUUUUUUAUUUUUUUUCUAUUUGUAGAACUCUUAAUAAGGCAAAACUCCACCUUGAUGUCGGAACCAAUGUAUUUCUAGAAUAGCGAAAGGUUGAUGUUCUUCAGAUCAUUUAAA